AAGUGAAGAUGAGUCGCAGGGGUCUAAAGCUGUAUUAUGACUUCAUGUCCCAACCAUCCCGAGCGCUGUACAUCUUUCUGGAGACAAACAAAAUACCUUACACACGAUGCCCGAUCGCUCUGCGAAAAUUCGAAAACAAAACGGAUCAGUACCGUGCCAACGUGAACCGCUUCGGAAAGGUACCGUGCAUCGCGGAGAACGGCGACUUUCGACUGGCGGAGAGCGUAGCAAUCUAUCGUUAUCUGGCUCGCGAAUAUGAUGCUGCGUCCCACUGGUAUCCGCUCGGCGAUUCGCUACGCCAGGCCCGGAUCGAUGAGUACCUCUCCUGGCAGCACCUGAACGUGCGGGCCGCCGUCUCACUCUAUUUCUUCUACGUUUGGCUGGGCCCGCUAACGGGAAAAAACGUUGAACCGACCAAAGCGGAUCGCUUGCGGCAGCGAAUGGUCGAAGUACUGAACUUCUUCGAGCAGGAGUUGCUGCAGGAUGGUCCGAGUGGACCAUCGAUAACCGGUGGCGGUAUCACCGUGGCCGAUCUGUCUGCGGCGUGUGAAAUCGAACAGGCCAAGGUUGCCGGCUAUGAUCCCUGUGCCGAUCGGCCGCGUAUGGCACAGUGGAUGGCCACCGUCCGCGCGGCCACGAAUCCAUUCUACGAUGAGGCACAUCGGACCGUGUACUGGCUUACACCGGAACACAUCCAGACCCCAGCGGUACCGGAAGACACCUGA